UGGGGGACGUGAGGAAGGUCCUGGUGUUUUUGGAAAGAUCCUGGGGGAUGUUGGGAGGGCCCUGAGGGUUUGUGGGGAGGUCUUGGGGGGCUUUGGGGAAGGUCCUGAGGGCGGUGGGAAGGUUCUGCAGGCCGUGGGGAGGAUCCUGGAGGAUGUGGGGAAGGUCCUGGGGAUUGUGGAAAGGGCACUGGGGAAGGUCCUGCUGUUUUUGGAAAGGUCCUGGGGGCACUGGGAGGAUCCUGGAGGCCAUGGGGAAGGGUCCUGGAAAUGUGGGAAAGGUCCUGGGGGCACUUGGGAAGGUCCAGGGGGAUGUGGGGAAAGUCUGUCUCCAGCACAUCCAUUGGCUUAUUUUUUUUUUUUUAGCAGAACAAGGAGAAUGAACUCUCUUUUUUCAUCUUUCUUCAGCAUAACAGGUUCAAACCUGGAUUUCUGGAACCAGAAACGUGGGAUUUUAUUGUGAAGAAGAAAAUAUCCUCCUUUUUUGCAGGAAUCUGGUGGACAGGCCUCACCUGAGCCAUGGCCACACGCCUCAGAUCGGCUGGCAGGAGGUGCACUGUGAUCGGGGGCUCGGGGUUCCUGGGGCAGCACAUGGUGGAGCAGCUCCUGGACAGGGGUUACUCCGUCAACGUCUUCGACAUCCAGCAGAGCUUCGAGAGCGACAGAGUGAAGUUCUUCCUGGGAGACCUCUGUGACAAGGAGGCUCUGCUCCCAGCUUUGCAAGGUGUGUCCGUGGCCUUUCACUGUGCAUCCCCAGCACCUUCCAGUGACAACAGGGAACUGUUUUACAAGGUGAAUUUUAUGGGAACCAAAGCAGUCAUUGAGGCCUGCAAAGAAGCUGGAGUGCAGGAAGUGCUCAGUGCAAACGACCCAGACAACAAUUUCCUCACCGUUGCCAUUCGUCCCCACGGAAUAUUCGGUCCCAGAGACCCUCAGCUGGUUCCCAUCCUCAUCCAGGCAGCCAAGAGGGGCAAAAUGAAGUUCAUCAUUGGGGAUGGAAAGAACCUGGUGGACUUCACCUACGUGGAAAACGUGGUCCAUGGGCACAUCCUGGCUGCAGAAAAGCUGCAGAAGGGCUCUCCCCUGGGUGGGAAGGCCUUUCACAUCACCAACGAUGAGCCAGUUCCCUUCUGGGCCUUCAUGUCCCGCAUCUUGACCGGCUUGGACUACGACCCUCCCAAGUACCACAUCCCCUACUGGCUGGCCUAUUACCUGGCCCUGCUGCUGGCCCUGCUGCUGGGGCUGCUCAGGCCCCUGGUGACCAUCAAGGCCACCUUCACCCCCAUGAGGGUGGCCCUGGCUGGGACAUUCCACUACUACAGCUGUGAGAGGGCCAAGAGGGACAUGGGGUACAGGCCUGUGGUGGGGCUGGAGGAGGCCAUAGCCAGGACCCUGCAGAGCUACCCCCACCUGCGCCGGGCCAGGGCCUGAGCAGCCCUGCAGGGACUCCUGCCAGCUUGAUUUUCCAUGAUUACUGUGAUGUCUUGCCGUGGGCACUGAAGGAAAUGUCACCAAGUCCCAGGAACGGGGAGUUUUCCCCCUCCGAGUUCCUCCUCGCCGUUACCUGGGCUGAAAAACCCUCACGCAGGAGCUGUUCUAACAGUUCUUUGAGGUGACUUCUUGUUUUGAACCAGCUGCUGAACUCUCUGGACUGUGAAUAUACACCCUGCUGUGCCCUCUUCAGUCCCAUCAGCAUUUCUCCUCUCCUCUCUCCGCCCUUGUCCCGAUGUUUUGUUGCUGUGGUGACAUCAGCCACCUCCUCUCAGAGCUGGGCAACCAAACCCUUCUCAUGGCUGGUCCCCUCUGGGCUUUGGCUUUGCUUUAGACAGGAGAAGCUGAUGGCAAAAAGCAGUUCUGCCACCAGCUCUGGAAUCAUUGCAGCUCAUUUUGUUUUCUCUCUGUGAUUAGUGGGUGAUUUGGCUUCUUCCUGAAGGAAACCCGAGGAAAGGCCUCUCUUUGUUCCUUUGGUCCUGCAGGAGCCUAUUUCUGUUCCAAGAAGAACUCAAAUAAAUCACAAAGAGAUGACUUCCUA